GUGGAAGCCAUGGAGGCGUCGGCCAUCGCGAUAGGCAAGACCAUCGUCAAGCUCGGUCGGGAGAUCAAGAGCUGGCCGGUGUGGGCGUGGAUGAAGGACACGGUGGAGGCCUUCAAGCGCACCAUGCCGCUGAUCACCGACCUGAGGAACGAGGCCAUGCGCGAUCGCCACUGGUCGCAGAUCAUGGAGACAGUGGGAUCGAAGUUUGACCCAUUCGCAGAUGACUUCACCCUGGACUCCAUUGUGAAACUGCAGCUGGACCAGCACGCGGACUUCAUUUCCGAGCUGUCCACAAAUGCGACGAAGGAGCUGGCCAUCGAGCAGUCCAUUCAGGCCAUAAGCGAGGUGUGGGCGGAACUUCACCUGGAUAUGGCGGAGUACAAGCAGACCUGCAAGCUGCGUAGCACAGAGGACGUGUUUGCCUCGCUGGAAGACAACGCCGUUACACUGUCCACCAUGAAGGCGUCACGCUUUUUCGUUGUGUUCGAAAAAGACAUCACGCAUUGGGAGCAGCUGCUUUCCCUGGUGUCCGAGAUGAUCGAAAUCAUACUCCAGGUGCAACGCAACUGGAUGUACCUGGAGAAUAUCUUCAUCGGCUCCGAGGACAUUCAAAAACAGCUGCCCCAGGAGUCCCUGCUCUUCGAGGAAGUCCACCAGACAUUCAUGGCCUCCAUGAAGAAACUGAGGGAUGCCAGCCUGGUCACGGCGGCGUGCUCCCUGCCGGGCAUCCUGGAGACCUUCAACGACAUGGACGCCAAACUGGAGAAGAUCCAGAAGUCGCUGGAGAACUACCUUGAGAGCAAGCGGCAGCAGUUCCCGCGCUUCUACUUCCUGUCCAGCGACGACCUGCUGGAGAUCCUGGGCCAGGCGAAGGACCCCAUGAACGUCCAGUCGCACCUGAAGAAGU